GAUCAGGACGAAGGGGAAUCAUAGAAACUCAUGAGAGAGAGCGCAUUCUGGUCCGAGUGGUGGGUUCGUUAUGCGUCUUGACAAAGUGAGUAUACAGGAGGCCGUGCGCUGCAGAACAUCUGCACAUGCUCGUGCAAACAGGAGUGUUGUGCAGAGAUAUACGCCAAAUAUGGACGACAAAGAAUUUAUUUGCCACGCCCUACCACCCACUUCCUCAUCCUUAUCCGAAAAUGAAUGCCCCCAGUUUCUGGUUAGCAAGCCACCCCAUUAUCCCACAUAUUCUGGGCCAGCACCUGUGUCCCGUGUCCUCGCCACCUAUGUCCAGGUUCCAUCUGCCGGGUAAAGCACAGAGCCUCUUUCAUCAUCACAAUCCCAAACAUCGUCUUGAUGGUUUUGAUUCUUGCUUGCACAAUCGAUGCGCAACGGCGCAAUGCAUACGAGAACAUGCAAUAAGUACUACUUGGAUCCAAAUCUGGGCCCGUGCCAUGUGUUCUGGAGUAGUCCUGAAAUGCAUUGCGGUGGGUGCUCGCCAGAACGGAUCUGCAACCGGGUCAAUAGUUUUGUACUAUGUAACCCUAGACUCUCCUCCGUGCGCUUCCCUGUGCCUGCCUGGUGCUCUCGUGGACAUUAUGCGCCGCGUCGUAUGAUCGGUCAAUCUCGUGCGACAGAGUAAUCGUGAGUUUGAUUAACC